AUGCUUCCCGCACAACAACCGGAAAUUGUUUUAUUGGAUGACGAUGAAGAUGAUGGAGAUGAUGAUCAACGAACAACCCCGACCCAAUCACUGCCAUCUUCUCAUCUCUUCACCCGAUUCGUCCAAUCAUCAAGUACACAGCAAGUAGCAGCAGGCUCAUCAUCGGAAAGUACUUGCAAUAGCAAGUCCGCAGCUAUUAGAAGCGCUAGUAACCUUCUGAUAUCAUCAGUGGACCCAUCGUUUGAUGCAGGCUAUGAUGAACCCGUCUCCCCCUAUACACCCUCCAAGAGAAAGCUUGAAGAAAUGCAGAGGUUUGAUGAGUCCAGCGAUGAUGAGUUGUACGGAGAAGAAAGUAUGCAACUUACAUUUACAAAAGCAAGCAGCAGUAAUUCUAGUACUAAUGCUACUACAGGUUCCAACGAGGAUUCUUCGUCAUUCUAUGUAACUGGUAGUAAUGCAUUUGGUAUGCUUGGAAUUGGAAACGCUGUUUCUGAUAGUUCAAAGAUUACAUCCUUUACAAGAAUGAACAACCCUGCCAUUGUACCAUCCAACAUUAAAAUCAUGGCUUGUGGACAUUAUCAUACUGUGGUUGUCACGAAAGACAAUCAAAUCUAUGCAUGUGGAAAGAAUAAUUAUGGUCAGCUUGCAAUGGGAAACCUAACAAAAGUAUUUCCAAUUUUCAAAAUGGUAGAAUCGAGCAUGAAUGGAAUACCCAAAGAAUUAAUUCGAGAUGUGAAAUGUGGCCGAUACCAUACCAUGUUCAUUACAGAUCAACCCAGUGACAAUGUGUGGGUAUGUGGAAAAAACAAAUCUGGACAAAUGUCGCUUCCAUCAGCAAACAUUUACCCUUCUCCCACUCGUCUUAUUGCUCAAUUUUCUGGAAAAGUUUUAUUUGCUUCGUGUGGGUCAGAAUUUACAUUUAUUAAAACCACUGACGGAGUGUAUUCAUGUGGAGACAAUUCAAGAGGUCAGUGUGGCCUUGGAGUGGAUACUCUCCAAGUCAAAUCAUUCAAACCACUCAAAACAAACUUUUCAAGACUUAAUAUUACACAGAUAGAGUGUGGAGAAUUUCAUUCGCUCUUUUUAACUGCUUCAGGAGACCUAUAUGGCUCUGGUACGAGCGUGAAUGGGCAGCUUGGCUUUGAUCCACAACUACUAGGACGGCAAAGCGUGAAUAGCCCUGUCAAAAUCGAUACUCCCCUCAACGAGACCAUUAAGCAAAUAAGAUGUGGCUUCCAUCACUCUGCUUUUUUGACUCUGAGUGGAAAAAUUUAUAUUUGUGGUAGAAAUGGUGACGGACAGUUGUCAUGUGGAGAGCCAACACCAAGACUUUUUACUUUUACACACAUUCCCAUUUCGGCCUCUUCUCUCAGUCAUCAUUUUGUUCAGGAGCUUUAUUGCUACUCGUAUUAUUCAAUCGCCAUCACAGACAAGAUGGAAAUGUUCUUGACAGGAUCUAACAAGUGUGGUCAACUGGGGACUGGAGAAGGUCAGCGAGUUGACAAAUUUACGCGUACGUUCAAACAUCGUGUCAAGGCUGUUUAUUGUGGCAGGGAUACCUUAAUGGUGGAGGCCGAAGAUAGAGAGUACAAUGAAGCUAUUUACGAUGACACUUUCGGAAAGAUGUUAAACUUUGACGACUCGAAUUUGGCUCCUCUUCUUGAUUCAUUCAUUAUUUGUAGCGAUGGAAAGAAAUUCCCCAUUCUCUACGACUUUGUUUUAAUACGUUUUCCACUCCUAGAAAAGUAUUCAAAGGAGGUCACCGAAGAAGAAUGCAGUUCAAGCUCUACAGAGCCUCCUACCAAAAAGCGAAAAUCUGGAGGUCAAGAUCAAACCAUGAAAGUCAUUGAUUUAUCACCUAUUGCUACCCUUUCAAGCAAUUCCAUUCUAAAACUUUUAACAUAUAUCUGUACAGAUGUGGUAGACGACAGAGAUCCAACCUCAAUACAGGAAGACCUCAAAAUUAUACAGUGGAUUACAGAAAAUAGUGGUCUAGACUUUUCUUCAUCCUCUCAGGACGCCUCAAACACCACUCGAUUUAUCAAAUUAAUUUUACAAAAGAUUCUUUCCUCCAUCACCAAUACCACAGUGGUCAACGUGUUGGAGACUCUCCAGGUUCUCAAAAAACAUCCAUUAAUCAUCAACUUGUAUAGACACUGUAUUGCAUUAAUCCGAAAAAUCGAGAAGACCUAUACUAUUAACGAAAUUGCUAACUUUAGCCAGCUCUCCAAGGAAGCCUUAAUAGAGACUCUGGCAUUUGGAGAGAAUUAUCACUGUCUUGGUUCGAGCGAUAUUUCAGUUCCACCCUCAUCAUUUUCUACAAAUUUAGAGCAAUUAUUUAACAAGGCUCAACAAUCAAAAGGAACCAUGGGAGAUGUUACUCUAUUACUCAACAAGGAAGGUACCAGAGUAUUGUAUGCUCACAAGGCUAUCCUUGCUGUGAAAUGCGACUUUUUCAAGCUUAAAUUCACAUCUGGAAUGGGAGAUAUGGACUCUCGACGCGUUGAAAUUUAUGAAUAUGCUGAUGAAAAUGAGAUUCGUGCCCAAGAGGAAUUUAUUCGAUAUCUGUACACGGACAAAGUUGAGCUUUCCAAGAACAAUGCUAUUAGCUUCUUGACUCGAUGGAAUUUCUAUUCAAUGGAUAUCAACAAUCCCAUUAGUGUGAAAUGUCAAGAAAUUAUUGUGGAUGGACUGAACGAGCAAAAUGUGUUAGAAUUCCAAAAAUCAUUCUUCCUCGACCGUUCCUCUCCAUAUCAUUUUCUCAGGAAGGCAUGCGUUCAAUCCUUAAUCAAAUAUUGGCCAUCUAUCAAUGAGAAAUAUUCCAAACAGCAAAUCAUGGAAUACAUGUCCUAUGACAGAUAUAUCAAAGUCACACAGGCCUACUUGAAAUUCUUCACAAAGCGUGCGAAUCAACUUCAACAACAACUGCAGACGCUCCAACAACAAACCGCUCCAACAGUGUUACAGAAUUAA